CGUGGUGCCUUAAAGAGAAAUAACCUGCUUUCUUCAGGCUCGGCAGAGCCCAGCUGGUCUUGCUCUGGGGUCAGAACCUCCCGCACUGGGAAACAUUUCUGAGGAGACACCAGAGCCCUUGAAGAAGAGGAGGAAGGAGAAAGACGUGAGCAGACCUCAUCAUUCAGUGGGCAACAAUGGUUCUUCUGAAGCAGCUGAUACAGUCCUCCCAGACAUAAAGGAAAAUGCAGAUCCAGUUGACGGCCCUGAGUUAACGAGCCAUGUUAGAGUCAGAAGAACGGCUGAGAGACAGAGGCACAUGGUUCACUCGCCUGGUGCCGCUGGAGUUCAGAAAUCCCCGGCUGGAUAUAUGACAUAUCCAGGACCUCAAGGCACAAGGAGGAUCAAGAAGCAGGAGUCAGACAUGGUGGAUUCAGAACUGGUGCCGUUCCAAGGUCAAAAGGGAGAAAAGGGAUCUCCUGGAGCCAGGGGAGACAAAGGAGAAAAGGGCACUAAAGGAGACAGAGGAGAAAAUGGUCAAAAGGGAGAACCAGGAAUUGGGUUCAGAGGCCCCGUCGGUCAAGCUGGGCCCCCUGGGUAUAAGGGGGAGCCCGGGGCCCCGGGACCUCCGGGAGUGCAGGGCAUCCAGGGUAUUCGUGGCAACCCUGGCAUUCCAGGAUCACCGGGAGAGAGAGGAGCCCCAGGUCCAUCGGGCAUGCCGGGGCAGAAGGGGGAACGCGGUAGGAGAGGCAGGAAUGGAUCCACGGGGCCGGCAGGACCUCCAGGGCCCCCGGGAAAACAGGGGAUGCGAGGGCUGCCCGGGACCAAUGGCAACAAGGGGGAGAUUGGCCUCGGUGUGGCAGGUGCGAGAGGUCCCCGUGGACUGCCUGGCCCCGGGGGGGAGGAGGGCAUUGCAGGAGUCCAAGGCCCCAUUGGCAUGAUGGGUCUGAAAGGCCUGCCCGGAGCGAAAGGAGAAAGAGGUGAUCGUGGCCUCCUGGGACUCAAAGGAGAAAGAGGUGACCCCAUUACUAUUUUUGGACCUCAAGGCUAUAAAGGCAACAAAGGAGAUCCGGGUGAACGGGGCCUGCCAGGCUUCGAUGGAGACAAAGGCGAGAAAGGGGAGGAUGGGCCUUCAGGAGAAAAGGGGGUCAAAGGCGAGGCAGGUGCGAAAGGGGCCUUGGGGCUGUUCGGUGCCAGAGGACCAGUGGGGCAGAAGGGAGAACCCGGAGAACCUGGCCUGCCUGGAUUUGCUGGCAUGGCUGGCCUUGAUGGGAAGAAUGGAAUCAAAGGAGCUAAAGGUGACCGAGGUCUGCACGGUCAAAAAGGGGAACCGGGAGCGAAAGGUGAUCCUGGUAUAACUGGAGACCUUGGACGGAAAGGGUCUAAGGGCUUACGUGGUUUUCCCGGGCGGAUGGGUAGCCCUGGUGCCGAUGGAAUAAAGGGUGAGAUUGGCAGUCCUGGAAAACCAGGGAUACCAGGGUCAGAUGGACUGCUUGGGCCAAAGGGUGAGCGAGGAAUGUCAGGUGCAGAUGGCCCCAUGGGAGUUUCUGGGGAGAAAGGAGAAAAGGGGGCCAAGGGAGUUCCUGGCUUAGGCGGAUUUAAAGGGCAGGUUGGAUUGCCGGGGAAGAUUGGUGUGGCUGGACCACCUGGAUCUCAAGGACCACAGGGGGACCCAGGACCACAGGGUGCAAGAGGUAGAAGAGGAAGACCUCAGCUCUGCCUCAGGGGUUCUGCAGGUACUCCUGGCAACAAAGGAGAGAAGGGAGAAAAUGGUCCAGCUGGUGUGAAAGGAGAGAAAGGAGAUCCUGGCCUUUCUGAAGAAGAAGUGAAGGAUGUGGUCAGGAGCGAAAUGAGUGACAAAUGCGUUUGUGCAGGUGAGUUGGGACGAACGCCCAUAAACCGCGGGAAAGACUUUCACUUACUAAUUAAAUCUGCAGACCUGGGUGCAGACUCUCCAGGAGAAAUCGGCAGGAAUAUCAAAGAGAAUUUUCAAUCGCCAGAACUCAUAGGGAAGGCCGAUGAAGCUCAACAAGAAUUAGUUCGUGAAAUACAGAAUAUGACCGAACUAGAGAUGCCUAUCAUGGAAUCAACUCCAUUUAUGCCCGCUCCCAGUGAUAAGCAGCUAAUGGCUCAGGCUCGGCGCGAGCAGCGACAUGCCCGCCGCCCAUUAGAAGACCCUUGUCGGCUGCCUAUGGACGAGGGCUCCUGCCUGCACUACACGUUGCUCUGGUAUUACCAUGGAGAAGCCAACGCCUGCAGGCCGUUCGUGUUUGGAGGCUGUGGAGGGAACAGCAAUCGGUUUAAAUCCAAAUUCACAUGUGAGCGUUGGUGUAAAAUCACAACAGGAAGGUGACUGGCUGCAGACAGGUGAUAUAAAUGAGAAGGGAGCUGCAGGAGGUGAAUCCAGGACAGCUCAGAGGUUGGAAAUACAGCAAGAUGAACCAUUGAACACAAAGAGGUGGUAGAUGUUAGUUCUGCAAACAAGGAGAUAGUUAUGGUUAUGGAUAUGUAAUAAAUCGGACUGAUAAGGGAAUCUUUUGUUUGGCUGGAAAAGCUGAAGUGUUCAGAGGCUCUUGACGGUCCCAUUCACACUGUGCAACACCCAACAGAUACCUAAAUGUUAUUUUAUUUUUUAAAAUAAAACUGUAGGUUAAGCCAA